UGUUGUAUGUUUGCAUAUUUGCCUGUGUGUGUAUGUGUAUGUGUGUGUGUGUUUACGUGCUGUGCUACUAAGCCAAUCCAAUAAUACAUAAAGUAGCGCCUAAUGUCGCGUUCGUUCAUUCGAACAACAAACUCCUUCGACAACAGACUCAUCAAUCGAAAGUCGAUCGAAAUCGAAAUCGAAAGCGACAUCGAAAACGACAACGAAGCCGAAGCCGAAGCUUGAACAAGUGUUGGAAAAUUCAUUUCCGGUUCGCGACAAUUUCAAUAUGGCACCAAACGCCAUUUCGAUCAGUUUUUUGAGUUAAACCGAAUCAAAUCAAAAGUUCACUAAUUACACGUGCCCAGCAACUAGUGCAAAUAAUAAAACAUAUAUUUAUGUGUACACACAUAUGAAAUAAUAAUAAUAAAAAAAAAAACACACAGAAAAAAACAUAAAAAAUACUCGACCAAGCUCCUCUCAAUUUCACACUCUCUCUGUCUCUCUCUCUAUCUCUCACACACACUCGCACUUCCCGCUCACGCACCCACAUUGCAGCCGCCGGAGACGCCACCACAGCAAAACUAAUGCUAAUUUGAAACGGCCGACAAACAUCGACAACAGACAGACAGAGAGAAAGACGAGCAGACGAGCAGACGAGCUGAGCGUUUGUCUAUGGCUGAUGCGGAUUACACAAUCCACAAUAGGCAACUGCUGGGGAAACGGCGAUUGGACAAAACAGUCUGACUGGCUGUUAGUUAACUAGUAUAAUAAUUAUCAGUGCUGGAUUAUUAUCAGUGCAACGGUGCAACGGCGUAGCGAUAAGGAGAAAGAGGAAGAGCCCAAUGAGCUGCUAGUGUAGCUGGCAGGCAAAUCAACACACAAUGUCAGCAUUUGCGAAUCGCCAGAGCCGAACCCACUGCAAAAACAGUAUUAAAGCGCCGAUGAACAGUUGAGAGCCGUUCAGGGCGAGCGCCAGUGCAGCUAAACAGGAGAAGAAACUCAAACGCUGAAACUCAAAUCACAGAGAUCACAUAAAUUAGCAAAGCUAAGAGAAUUUGGACUGGAAGACAGGCCGAUAAAUGACGGAACAGGAACACAACAACAUGCUGUCCACGGACAAAUGCAUAACGACCACAUCGACGCCAAUUAUCAUUGGCAGCCGCAAGACUUCAGAGCAGCAUACACACACGCAGCUGCAUCCGCAGCAGCAUCCACAGCAUCCACAGCAUCCACAACAACAACAGCUCGGCCAUCCGCAUUUGAACAUGCAUCACACCUGCAGCCACACGGUGCACAGCCAAAAGUAUUCGGCCGAGACCCCGCGACGCAACCUGCACGAACUGCUGUUGGAGGUGCUGGAUGUACUGUUAUCCUGCCUAGUCGUAGCGCCGUGCGUGAUCGCCUAUUGGCGCGGCACCUGGGAGCUGAUGGGCGUGCUGCUCUUUCCCAACAGUCUGCCCUUCUCGGCGCUGGCCUCCUUCGCCAUCGGCGGCCUGGGACACUUCAUAUUCACCAUCACACAGAACUUCUUCAAGGAUCACAUACAUCCGGACAAGAGGCGGCUGACCUACUAUGCCAUCUCGCGCCUCUACACCGCCGUCUUCGGUGUGGUCUGUGUGAAUAUGUGGCGCGGGGCUUGGAUGGUCUGCGACUGGUUAACCAGCAUCGAUUCCCUGGCCAUCAUUUCCGUGGUCACUCUCGUGGCUCUGCUCUUCCUGGUGGGCACUCGGACGCUGCGUAACCUGGGUGCGGCGCCCUACACUGUCACCAUGGACCACAAGAGUGACUACUUUGAGGUGGACACCAUGUUCAAAAUACCGGGCUUCGCUCAACCCGGCCUCUACGUGCUGGACACAUUAUUCUCGGUGUUUGUUAUUGGCAGCCUCGUGGUCAUCGCUUGGCGUGGCGUUUGGGGCAUCUUUGAUUUGACUCUGUUCCCGCGAGAUAAGGCAAAGUCCGCCUGGGGAUCGUUGCUGAUCGGUUACCUAACGGUCUUUGUUACCUUCAUUAUACAACCUUUGAUGCGCUACGUUUGCCGACGAAUUAGCGGAUUAUUGAAGAUAAUCAUAUGCGAUAUUUACUAUCUGAUGACAUUUUUCGGUGCUGUAAAUGCCUGGCGUGGCAUUUGGAAUUUGCUCGAUGUUUACCUGUAUCCAGACAAUCGUAUAUUGAGCUUCUGGAUAACGCAUAUCGUUCCCUUUCUACUCCUGGCCGCACUCAAAUGCUCCAACUCGAUUCUGGUGCGUGGUGUAUUCAUCGAUGCUGAGGGCUCAGGGGCCGAGGCCGUCCACCUGCCCAUCAAUUAUGUGCGCUUACACUUUCUACGCGAACGACGCAAGAAAGUCGCCUCCGAGCAAUAUGCGCACCUCGAUUCGCCACUCUAUUAUUUGAAAGCGGAUCAUGCGAAGCUUGGCAAGCACUUGGAAAAGGACAUGGAGGCCCAGCACAGUCUUAUCGAUAAGCCACACGCCCCCGCAGCCCAGAUCAUCUAGAUGAGGAUUAGCUUUUACAUACAUGCAUAGGUGUUAAACUAAUUUUAGAUGCAUAAACUUAAUGCUAGUUCAUGCUUGUUCUUGAAGCGCAAGCAUACUUAAAGCCUGGAUUGUUAUUUUAUCUAAAUCUAACUUCUAUUUAAAAUUGUACAAAAUAAUUAAUAUAUGUAAAUAUAUAUAUUUAAAAAUA